GUACACCGCGCUUAGAAAAAAAGAAAAAAAGAAAAAAAACCCAAACAAAACAAUUUGGGGGCUCUGUGGCGUUUUCGACUCUGAAUUCGCUCUCUCUCAGUUAUGUAAUUUGUGGUGUGUUGUGCUCAUAUGUACAUACGAUUAUGAUAUAUAGUACUACGUAGACGAAGACACCGUACGUGGGAUUUUGCUGAUGUAAUCUUUAAUGACAAGACACGGCUUUAACGUUUGAGAUCGGCGGCUCAUUCCAACAUUAUCUUCCUUUUCCAAUCCUCCAGGCUGAUUGUUUACUUAAUGGGGAUUCAAACAAUGGGUACUCAAGGAAAUGGGCAACAAGUACAGCAACCUCAUCAUUUACAGCCAUCUCCAUUGACAAGGCAAAGUUCAUGGUAUAGUCUCACCCUUGAUGAAAUUAAGAACCAUUUGGGUGACACUGGGAAACCAGUGGGUAGUAUGAACCUUGAUGAGCUUCUACAGAAUGUGUGGACCACUGACAUGGCCACCAUUGACGGCGAAGCGAAUCAAAUUCAAUCCAAUGAGAACACCUCUUCCUCCUCCUCGUCUCUCCAACGUCAGGCCAGUUUAACAUUGGCGAGGGCGUUGAGUGGGAAGACGGUUGAUCAAGUUUGGAGAGAGAUUCAACAAGGUCAGAGGAAGAGGUGUGGUGGUGGAGACAUAAAGGUUCAGGGUAUGGAUGAUACAAAUUCAAGUGUGACACUUGGGGAAACCACUUUAGAGGACUUCCUGGUACAAGCAGGGCUUUUUGCCGAACCAUCUAUAGCUCCUCCUCCUCCUUCAGGGAUGGGGAUUGUUGAGGUUGUGACCCCUCAGAAAAUGGUGUUGUCACCAUCCCCUUCAUUUGGUACAUUAUCGGAUACGCCAAUGCAAGGGCAGCAAAGGGAUGCCUCUGAUGCAUUUGAGAGGACUUUGGAUAGGAGGCAAAGGAGAAAGAUCAAGAAUAGGGAAUCUGCUGCACGCUCACGUGCUAGAAAACAAGCUUACCAUAACGAACUGGUGAGUAAGGUUUCACGUCUAGAAGAGGAGAAUAUUAAGCUCAAGAAAGAGAAAGAAUUCGAUCAAAUGUUGUCUUGUGUUCCACCACCUGAAACAAAGUAUCAGCUUCGAAGAACAAGUUCAGCCUCUUUCUGACAUCAUCUCGGUGCUGAGUAUUUAGAGUUCCCCAAUGUUGGGACUGAUAUGUUGGAUUGCUGGGGCAGCUGCUUUGGGAUUUCUUAAUCAGACUGCUUCUUGUUGCUGCCACUGUUUAUAUGCAUCCUCCCUAUCCACCAUUAGGUCUUGGCUUAAUGUAAAUCUAUAAUUAACUGAUUUUGAAAUAUAUAUAUACUCUGCCGCAAAAGUGCCAUAUCAAGUUUUGGCUCUGCUCUGUUUUGCUGGAAACCAUAUCUAGAAAGAAUUGUUUCCUCGUUAGUUGAAAUGCACGUUUGAUAUGAUUACAACAUGAAUGUAUUAGCUUGAUCUCA